GAAACAAACUACAUAUCCCGAUACGAGGGGGAACGUUUUAGCCUUAGAGGCAAAAUACAUGAAAAAGUAGGCACCUUUUCCAGUUAGUGUGGAAGCCGAAAAGAAAUAGAGGGACACAAUGACUUCUGGAAAGGCUUCUAAGGAGUUGCUCCAAAUGGAUCUGUAUGGGCUGCUGGGAGUGGAGCCGGAUGCAACAGGAAAGCAGAUUAAGAAAGCAUACAGACAGAAAGCGCUAACUUGCCAUCCAGAUAAGAAUCCAGACAACCCUCGGGCAGCUGAACUGUUUCACCAGCUGUCUCAGGCAUUGGAAGUGUUGACUGAUGGUGCAGCCAAGGCAGCAUAUGACAAUCUCCGGAAAGCUAAAGAGGCUGCUGCAAAAAGAACACAUAAGUUAGAUGAGAAGAGAAAAAAAGUAAAGCUUGACUUAGAGGCACGUGAGCGGGAGGCACAGACUCUGGUGACAGAAGAAGAUGAAGCACAAGUCACACGAACGUUAGAACAAGAGAUCAUACGCCUCCGGGAAGAAGGAUCAAGGCAGCUGGAAGAGCAACAGAGGCUGGUACGGGAGCAAAUCAAAGCCGAGAUGGCACCGAGGCUACAAGGCCAAAGUGCUAGUGGUGCUGGAGAUGGGACAGUAUCUGCUAAACUCAAGAUGCUGCUGAACUACAACACCCAAAAUCCCUCAGACAGCCAAAUGCUGACAUCUGGAAGUCCACAGCUGAAAUGGAAGUGCAAAAAGGAUGAUGAUACAAGAGGCGGAUAUACAGAAGAUGUGCUCAGGCAGCUCCUUCAGAAGUAUGGGCAAGUUACAAAUUUACUCGUCUCCAGCAAGAAAGGAUCUGCCAUAGCCGAGUUUUCAUCAUUCAAAGCUGCAGAAAUGGCAGUGAGAAAUGAAUCGGGCCUUUUAAGUAACCCUCUAACACUCUCAUGGCUGGAUGCCCCUCCACCUUCCACUAUCCAGGAGAAUUUCAGUUCAUCUUAUAUCAGUAGUCACUCUGCACCUCUCCAGGGUUCUGUACGCUCAGAGCGGGAUUUCGAAAGCUUGGUGAUGAUGAAGAUGAGACAAGCGGCCGAGCGUCAGCGGCUCAUAGAGCAAAUGCAAAGAGAAGAUGACGACUGAACCCUUAAUACACCGCCCAACGGACAGAUUUGGGGUUUUUUUUUUAUCUGGUUGCUGAUUUUUUUCCAGCAGUUUUGGUUUGUUCUCUGUACUAAUAAGCGUCUUUAUAAGACGUGAACCUCUAAGUGGGAUGAUACAGACUCUUGCCCUUGUAACCUGGAGAGAAAUAAUGAACCAAACCAGGUUGGUGAGCCAGUUGCUUCACAGUCCUGCACCAAAAAUGUCAAAAGACAUUUGUUUUUAUUUGCACACUGGCGAUAACGGGAUUUGUAUAUGACAUUCUGUACUUGGUUAUUAAAUCUCAUAUACUUACCGGUCA